AUGAAGUGCUCUGUGAAAUUCGUUCCAUUUUCUCUGGAUGAUUUUUAUUUGAAGGAUAUAGAGUUGAUGUUGGAGAGCCUUAAACGACAACAACAAGACGACAGUUUUCAUGGUUGCGCUCAUGAGAGAGAAAACAAGAGGAGCCGUGUUUUCAGGAAACGUGGUGAUGCGCAUUGCGAGAGUAGACCGGCUCCAACGGAACGCAGUGAUGAACCUAGCUGUAGUUGUUCGGCUUCAACAGAGCGUAGUGAUGAGCCUAGUUGUAGAAGUAUGGCUCCGAUACCUUAA